GAUCAAUAUCAAACCACUGUAGCCGGAGGCACUACUACGGUAGGAGGAGCGACUGCUAUUCACGAUAGAGAGGACGAUGAUUUUGCUAUCAAGUAUCGGCGCAUGGAGGAAGUUAUCGGCGAGGAUAUGAUGAAUGUUCUGUGCAAAACUACUAAUGCAGAUGGAUCAACUGAAUUCAAAUGUACUUUAAUUCUUGACUUGUACCGCGAAUGGCUGAUGGUUUUUUUUUCAGACAAAGAUAUCCCGGUAACAAAGCCAGCACCUUUGAAACCAGUGGAUGAUCCAGCUUAUGAAUUGCAGUGGAUGUGA